UUUCAGUUCAAAAAGCACAGCUCUUCAACAAACCAAAAGAAUGGUACUUCCGCAGCUGUUGGCGUUGGCAGUCGCCAAGAAAGUCGCCGUUUUCGUUGUCGCAAAGGCGUACGGGUUCCCGCGACUCUACCGACGAGCGCUCGAGCUCAAUCGAACCGUGGUUCGACCCAGCAGCCCGCAGCGUGCCGAAAAGUACCAUGCAUGGAUCCGAAGUGGAUUUACGUGGCCAAACACCUUGAUGAAGCGCUUGCGAGAGUUUGCUGGAAUGCCCGCGUCGCCUUCAGCAGGAGCAAGAGAAGGAGCAGGCGCAGGAGCAGGCGCAGGAGCAGGAUCCCUGCCACCCAACCAACGGACAGCCCCAGUGUCGGGCGCAACUCCCGCAGCCCUGCGACCAGCUGGACAGACAAACGCAACUCCACCAACGGCACCACCUGCCGGGCAAGCUCGCACCUCUGGAAAUGCGCCGGUGGCGGAUUGUGCUGCGGCGACCGCUCGGAUUCAAUCUGAAAACCGGUCAUCACAAAUCGCCAAGACGCAGCCGCCGCCACGCGACCACCCGGCUUCCCAAUCAUCCGCUCGGAGCCUGAGCAAGCAAGAUCAGGAAUCAUCUGCAUAGCAGUGAUGGUCUGUUGCGAACCUUGCAAAGAUCGUGGACGAAUAUCAUUUUGUAAUCGUUGUAUUUAACAUUGAAAAUUCUGCACAAUCACAACUCCGCCAUGAAACAACAAUAAAUGCGAUGGUGACUC